UUUCCUCUUUCACUUUCCCCCUAGUUUCUCUCUCUACGUUCUACAGUUUUUACAUACAAAUACAGAUAUAUAUAUAGAUAUAUAUCUGCGCCUGGAGGCUUGGCCUAGGGUUUAUCGGGGAGAGAAAGAGGAGUGGAAAAUGGGGCAGCAAUCGUUGAUCUACAGCUUCGUGGCGCGUGGGACUGUCAUCCUGGCGGAGUACACUGAGUUUACCGGGAACUUCACUGGAAUCGCCGCGCAGUGCCUCCAGAAACUUCCCGCCACCAACAACAAGUUCACCUACAACUGCGAUGGCCACACCUUCAAUUAUCUCGUUGAGGAUGGAUUUACAUACUGUGUUGUGGCUGUUGAAUCUGUUGGAAGACAGCUUCCUAUUGCAUUUCUUGAGCGAAUUAAGGAUGAUUUUACCAAGAAAUACGGUGGUGGAAAGGCUGCUACGGCUGUUGCCAAUAGCCUCAACAGAGAGUUUGGAUCCAAAUUGAAGGAGCAAAUGCAGUAUUGUGUGGAUCAUCCUGAGGAGAUCAGUAAGCUUGCGAAAGUGAAAGCUCAAGUUUCAGAAGUUAAAGGCGUGAUGAUGGAAAACAUUGAAAAGGUUCUUGAUCGUGGAGAGAAAAUUGAGCUUCUGGUGGAUAAAACUGAGAAUCUUCGCUCUCAGGCACAAGAUUUUAGGACACAAGGAACCAAGAUGAGGAGAAGGAUGUGGUUGCAAAACAUGAAGAUAAAGCUGAUUGUUCUUGCCAUUAUCGUGGCCUUGAUCCUGAUAAUAGUUUUAUCAGUCUGUGGUGGAUUCAAAUGCCAUUAGUGUGUGUUGAAUAGGUGGUCGUCGAUGGAUUACUUAAAUAUUCAGCUUUCUCUCCCCAAAAUUUUUUGGUGAUACAUUUUGCCCUUUGCUGUAAUUUGUACUUUUGUCAUAUAACAUGGUGUAUAGUUUGUAUUUCUGUAUCUUCUGAAUAUAUUAGUAGACGAGUCAAAUUUGUGGCAAUGAAGUUUGAAAUCUUGCUGUGUUUGUUGCUCCA